AUGCCGUCCUCCUACGCCGCCGCUGCUGCCGGAUCCUCUUCCCGCAAGCCGAAUCGCACCUCCAUUGCUGCAUCCACUCCUCGCCCACCAGCACCCUCACCGUCGCCGGCACCCGCUCCCCCGGCGGUGAACCCUAGCAUCAUCUCCGAUUCCGACCCCUCCUCUUACUCAUCUUCCUCUGCGGACGAGGCCGAUCUCACCGCCUCCGACUCCGCAACUGCCUCUGUUGUUUCCGCCUACCUCUCGGUUGCUGGCGAGGGGGCCGACUUCUCGAAAGUUGGCAUUUUCCUCUCCUCCGCCGCGCGCCGCCGAUCGCCGCCGUGCCUGAUCUGCUUCGAUCCUAUCCGCCCCUCCGACCCAGUGUGGUCAUGCUCCUCCUCCUGCUUUGCCAUCCUCCACCUCCCCUGCAUCCAGUCAUGGGCUCACCAGUCAGCAUCCGGCGCCGCCGUGCCGUGCCCAACCUGGGGAUGCCCCAAAUGCCGCUUCGCCUACCCCAAGUCCGAGACCCCCUCCUCCUACGUCUGCUUCUGCUCCAAGACAGUAGACCCGGCUCCGGACCCCUGGAUCCUCCCCCACUCUUGCGGCGACGUCUGUGGCCGCAGUCUUGAUGUCAAUCUCAACUCUGGCUGUGAGCAUACCUGCCUACUGCUGUGCCAUCCAGGGCCGUGCCCGCCAUGCCCAGCCGUUGUUCCUAACGCACGGUGCUUCUGUGGAGCACACCGGGAGCCCCGACGCUGCGCACAUCAGCGUUACUCUUGUGGGGGAAAAUGUAACAAACGUCUUAGCUGUGGACUCCACCGCUGUCCAGUGGAUUGCCAUGAUGGCCCCUGCCCGCAGUGUGCAGUUCGGGGGAGUCACAAAUGUGAGUGUGGAGAGACAAUGGAGGAGAAAUUGUGCUUCGAAAGGAUUUUCCAGUGCAAGAGGGAGUGUGGUGGGAUGUUAGAUUGCGGGAAGCAUAGGUGUGAGAGGGGAUGCCAUGGGGGCAAGUGUGGGGAAUGCCCACUCCGAGGUCGUCGCACUUGCCCGUGUGGGAAGAAGGAUUAUCCAAGGUUGGAGUGUGAUGCAGAGGCUGCCACAUGUGGAUCGACAUGUGAGAAGGUGCUUGGGUGUGGACGACACAGGUGCCCAGAGCGGUGCCAUCGUGGUCCAUGUGAUGAGACUUGCCGUCUUGUGAUCACAAAGGCCUGCCGUUGUGGGGGUCUGAAGAAGGAGGUGCCGUGCUACCAAGAAUUGACGUGUGAAAGAAAAUGUCAACGUUCGAGAAACUGUGGUCGCCAUGCUUGUAAACGACGUUGCUGUGCUGGGGAUUGCCCACCCUGCUCUGAGACUUGUGAUAGGAAGCUCAGAUGUGGCAACCAUAAAUGCCUCUCACCAUGCCACAGAGGUGUUUGUUCACCUUGUCCUCUGAUGAAGACCAUUUCUUGCGCCUGUGGGAAAACAUGUUUUGAGGUUCCUUGUGGGACUGAGAAGAACCAGAAACCACCCAAAUGCUCAAAGAAAUGCAGUAUACCUCGCCUUUGCCGACACAAGCUUGAAUGCCGGCCCCACAAAUGCCACUAUGGAGCCUGCCCACCUUGCAAGCUGACUUCGGGGAAGAACUUUCUUGUGGCCACACGUGUAAAGAAAGAAAACUACCAAAUUGCCCCCAUCUGUGCUCAGAAGUAUGUCACCCUGGUCAACACUCGUUGUGCAUGCAGCACUCUGAAACAAGAGUGGCUAUGUCAAGAUGUCCUCAAGGAAUACCGCAAGUCUGGUCGUGAUCCAAAAGAAGUACCUAAAAGUCAGUUUGGAGUUGGCUUACUUGCCUGUGGUGAAGACUGCAAGAAGAAGCUGAAGGCUCUAGACUCAGAGUUGCAUCUCCGGAAAAGUCAGGAGAACAAGAGCCCUGCUGUGGAAGUCGUAAAUGUGCCCAAACGCAGGAAGCGGCGUGACCGUGGACAGGAAGUUAAAAUCUCCAAAUUCCAGGAAGUCAAGACUUACGCCCUGAGAGUGCUACUGAUUAUUUUGCUGUCAAUAAUCGUUGCUGCUGGUCUGUACCUGCUGUGGAAAGGUAUAUUCUGGCUUUCUGACUGGAUGAACGAAAUGGAAGUGCAGAGGGCGAGACAAAGGCAUCCGAGGGGUGCAAUGUUGUAA